CUAUAAUCUUCUCACACGUUCACUAAGAGGCGGACUAUCCGGUUCCGGCGAUGUGCACCAUCCUGCUAAUACCGUUUUCAAGCUGCUCACGCGCGAAGAUCUCGGCUCUCUUCUCAUCGGUUGCUUUGUCACGAAAAAUCUACAGUCACAAGUUUUAUUAUAUUUGAAGUUUCCGGCGAACGACAUCGUCCUGCGGUCUUUCCGACCUUGGGUCGCUCUAGUUGCACGCAAAACGUUGCACGAAUAAAAAGCGCAUUUCUAUUGAAAUACGUGGCGCGACAAAUGUGAAACCCAUUUGCGAUCGAUUGCAAGGUCGCCGCGCGGUCCAGCCGGCACAUUCGUUUAGCCAACCGCCGUGUGUGUGCGUCACGAGAGACGGCUGGAAGCGACGGAAAAGUAUCAUAUAGGUGAGGCAUGGGUGGGUGAAGUCGGUGGGCUCUCUCGUGUAUUCCUCUCUCAGCAGACCUGGAUCGCCGAAGUAACGGUUUUACGUUCACACGAGCGAGAGUCGUGAGAUCCGUGCUCGUCGAAGAGGGUGUGCAAAAGUUCGCUCCGCGCUCCGUGUUUUUCGCACACAUCGUCGACCGGAUGGUGAACGGAGCGACGCGAGAUACCUGACGUGAAAUAUCCAUCGGAAAAAAAAAACAGAAGACGUGAUCACGAUGAGCUAUUACGGAGGUUAUGGUUACGGCGACGACGGCGGCGGCGCGGAAGAUUUGUUCGUUAAGGCGGCGGUCGAGGUCAAACGAUUUCUACCGUCGCUCUUCAACAUCAAAGUGUUGGGGGAGAAAGGAUCCGGCUUCAGACGAGGAGAAGUCCAGGACUUCAACACGCUCAGACGCGAAUGCCUGGCCACGGGACGGCUCUUCGAGGAUCUCGAGUUCCCGGCCGACGAUUCGUCGUUGUACUUCUCCCGCCGACCGGACAGAUACAUAGAAUGGAAGCGACCGAUGGAAAUCGCGGACAACCCCCAGCUCUUCGUCGAGGGUUUCUCGAGGUUCGACGUUCAACAGGGAGAACUGGGAGACUGCUGGUUGCUGGCCGCCGUGGCGAAUUUGACGAUGCAUCAGAAUCUAUUCUUCCAAGUGGUACCGGAAGAUCAGAGCUUCGAGGAGAACUACGCUGGAAUUUUUCACUUCAGAUUCUGGCAGUAUGGCAGAUGGGUCGACGUGGUGAUCGACGAUCGAUUGCCCACGUGUCGCGGGGAACUGGUGUACCUGCACUCGGCCGAGAACAACGAAUUCUGGAGCGCCCUUCUUGAAAAAGCGUACGCGAAACUUCACGGUUCGUACGAGGCGCUGAAGGGCGGCACAACCUGCGAGGCCAUGGAAGAUUUCACCGGCGGCGUAACGGAAAUGUAUCAAAUGGACCAAACGCCGCCGAACUUGUUCAACAUACUGUUGAAAGCCUACGAGAGAAGCUCUUUAUUGGGUUGCUCGAUCGAGCCUGAUCCGAACAUAUUAGAGGCCGAGACACCUCAGGGUUUGAUACGCGGUCACGCGUACAGCAUCACCCGUGUGAAACACGUGGAAAUUCAAACGCCAAAUCAGCACGGUACCAUUCCACUCUUGAGGCUUAGAAAUCCUUGGGGAAACGAAGCGGAAUGGAACGGGCCUUGGAGCGAUCAAUCACCUGAAUGGAGAUUUAUUCCCGAUCACGAGAAGGAAGAGCUCGGUCUGACUUUCGAUAUGGACGGCGAGUUCUGGAUGUCAUUCCACGAUUUCACGCGCCACUUCACCCAGCUCGAGAUAUGUAACUUAAAUCCCGACUCCCUAACGUCGAGCGAUAUCAGCGCCGGGAAGAAGCACUGGGAAAUGAGCGUGUUCGAGGGAGAAUGGGUGCGCGGAGUUACUGCGGGCGGUUGUAGAAAUUACUUAGAAACCUUCUGGCACAAUCCCCAGUAUCGCAUCACGCUAGAAUAUCCGGACGAUGACGACGACAAGUGCACCGUAAUCGUCGCUCUGAUGCAGAAAAACAGAAGAGCGCAAAAGAGAAUGGGAGCCGAUUGUCUUACUAUCGGGUUUGCGAUAUAUCACUUGCAGCAUCCCGAUAGAUUACCAAAACCGCUAGACGUUAACUUCUUCAGAUACAACGCGUCCGUCGGCCGUUCGCCGGCGUUUAUAAACUUACGGGAGGUCACCUGUCGUUUCAAAUUACCACCGGGUGUGUAUUGCAUAGUUCCAAGUACUUUCGAUCCGAACGAGGAAGGAGAAUUCUUGCUGAGAAUCUUCUCUGAAAACAAAAACAACAUGGAAGAAAACGACGACCAAGUUGGUAUUGGCGAGGUCGAUGAUAGGGUUCGCGACGAGCCAGAACCAGAUAACAACACAGAGAAAGUCCGAGAAUUCUUCAAAAAACUUGCUGGCGAUGAUUUAGAGGUAGACUGGAUGGAACUUAAAGAUAUUUUAGAUUUUGCCAUGAGAAAAGAACUACCGCAGUUGGCGCAUAGCGAGGCUCCCGUUGAAGAAAAUGGUUCGUUUGUCAACACUAUCAUCUCAUUGCUGUGUGGCAUUGUAUGUAGUAAUGAACAGUACAAUAAACCCGUAGAAACGCACGACAGAGGAUUCAGUAAAGAUAUAUGUCGCAGUAUGGUUGCUAUGUUGGAUACGGAUCACUCUGGCAAACUUGGUUUUGAGGAAUUCAAAAAUCUGUGGAACGACAUCAGAAAAUGGAGGGCCGUUUUCAAACUGUACGAUAAAGAUGAAUCGGGAUACCUAAGCGCAUUCGAAUUAAGACAGGCCUUAAAUAGCGCCGGGUAUCGCUUAAAUAAUCACAUUUUGAAUAUUUUGGUUCACCGUUACGGCACCAAAGACGGCAAGAUUACUUUCGACGAUUAUAUAAUGUGCGCUGUCAGGCUUAAAACAAUGUUCGAUAUCUUCAGAGAGAGAGAUCCGGAUCAAACCAACACAGCUACUUUUACCAUGGAAGAAUGGAUGGAAAAGACACUCUAUUCAUAAUUAAAAAAAAAAAAAAGAAGUUUAUAUUUUAUCAUAUUAUACAACGAUACUCCGAUUUUAUUUAUAUAUUUAAAAUUGUUUCUGAUGAUAUUAAUAACGGCAGUUGUAAUUGCGAUCAAGAGAAUUUAUUUUUUAAAGACAUAGAGACGAGAGAGAGAGAAAGUGUUCCUGGAAUGUAACUGCCUUAAAAAACGAUAUAUUGUGAGAUCUGUUACUCUCUUAUCUUCAAAUUGAUAUUUUAUAAUAAGCAUAGAAAUGUACAUGUGUUUAUAUAAAGAUCUAAAAUAUACAUAUAUUUAUAAAAGA